AUGGAGGUAGCAAUGAAAUCAUGGGAGGUCGACAACGACGUCAAGCUUGUCGACCCAACCCGCGAUGCACUCUACAACUACUCGCCAGAGCGCCAGAAGGAGGAGAACGAAGCCCGGCCGUGGAAGAGCGACCCGAACCACUUCAAGCAUGUGCGCAUCAGCGCCGUCGCCCUGAUCAAGAUGGUGAUGCACGCGCGGACCGGCGGCUCGAUCGAGGUCAUGGGCCUGAUGCAGGGCUACACGGACGGCGACACCAUCGUCGUGACCGACGCCUUCGGCCUGCCCGUCGAGGGUACCGAAACCCGCGUCAACGCCCAGGACGACGCCAACGAGUACAUGAUCCAGCACCUGCAGCUGUCGCGCGACCAGGGCAGCCGCGAGGAGAACGCUGUCGGAUGGUACCACAGCCACCCGGGCUACGGCUGCUGGCUGAGCGGCAUAGACGUCGGCACGGAACAGCUGCAGCAGAAGUUCAACGACCCCUUCGUCGCCGUCGUCAUCGACCCCGACCGCACCAUCAGCGCCGGGCUGGUCGAGAUUGGCGCGUUCAGGACAUUCCCAGAAGGCUACGAGGCACCGAAGGCUAGCAGCAGCAGUGGCGAGGGAGGCAGCGGCGGAGCAUCAGGCCAGUCUGUCCCCCUGGCCAAGGCGCAGGACUUCGGCGCGCACGCGAGCAAGUACUACUCGCUGGAGGUAUCACACUUCAAGUCGACGCUGGACUCGAGCCUGCUGGCGUCGCUGUGGAACAAGUACUGGGUGCAGACGCUGUCGCAGAGCCCGCUGCUGACGAACCGCGAUUACGGCAACAAGCAGAUGCUGGACCUGGGGUCCAAGAUCCGCGAGGCCACCGCCUGCGUCCAGCGCAACACCCGCGGCGCCAUGGGCAUGAUGCAGACGGCCAGCAAGACCAUCGACUCCGAGAUGGACAAGGUGUCCAGGACCAGCCACUCGGUCACCAUGAAGGAGAAGCAGGGCCUGAUGGCGGGCGAGGUCAAGGCGAAGAUCUUCAAUGGCCUUGGUUCUACGCCGGCGACGGCAACGACUGCAAUGACGACAAGCACGACAUAG